AUGGCCUACCUAGAAUCAAAGCGUUUCAUUCACCGGGACCUUGCAGCCAGGAACAUCUUGCUCUCUUCUAAUGACCUGGUUAAGAUUGGGGACUUUGGACUUAUGAGAGCACUGCCAAAAAAUGAUGAUCACUAUGUCAUGCAAGAACAUCGGAAGGUGCCCUUUGCUUGGUAA